AUGAAGAAUGCCAGUCCUAGCAAGGUUGCCAAUACAAGUCCAGCAAUUGAGACUCCUACAACUAUGGGGACUUUCGAGCGCUCAUCCUUCGGAACUGGAGUAUGGGACCCAAUUGGGGUUGUCGGUAAUGAUGAUGUAGAUGAUGUAGAUGAUGUAGACGAUGUGAAGCUUGAUGAAACUGAGAACGUAGUUUGCAAUGACCAAGAAGAUAUGCUGCUUGUUCUUGAAGUCGCUGUCGAUGAAGACCCUGACUUCAAAGUUGCAGUGAUGCCAGGCGGUGUGCUAUAA